AUGUCCGCCGCGGUUGACCACAUCUCCAACGACAGUGUGUCGACAGUCCACCAAGAGAAGAGUUCUACCUUCAUCCCCGUCGACAAGAUCGAGAACGCCGGCAGCAUGUCCCAGGACGAGAACAUCUCCGCCAGGACCGACAGCCACGCGCCGCCCAUGCAGGCCGAGAUUGAGCCUGACCUGCGCUGGUCGAGGCUCCGCGAGUACGGCCGCGACUUCUUCUCCGAGUUUGGCGGCACCAUGGUCAUGAUCCUGUUUGGCGACGGCGUUGUCGCGCAGGUGACCUUGUCCGAGGAAGAAAAAGGCAACUACCAGAGUAUCUCAUGGGGCUGGGGAUUGGGCGUCAUGCUCGGCGUGUACGUCGCCUCCAAGUCGGGUGGCCACCUCAACCCAGCCGUCACCCUCGCCAACUGCAUCUUUCGCGGCCACCCGUGGCGCAAGUUCCCCGUCUACUUCAUGGGCCAGCUGCUCGGCUGCAUGGCGGGCGCCUUCAUCAUGUACGGUGCCUACUACCAGGCCUUUUCCAACCUCGAGGGUGGCACCCAGCGCACCAUGUUGACCGCCGGCAUCUUCUGCACGUAUCCCGCCGAUUUCUUGACGACCGAGGCCAUGUGGUGGUCCGAGUUUGUGUCCAGCGCCAUCCUCAUCUUCGUCAUCUUCGCCCUCGCCGACCCCCACAAUGGCAACGCCGGAAAGAUGAUGCCCCUCGCCCUCUUCUUCCUGAUCUUCGGUAUCGGUGCCUGCUUUGGCUGGCAGACUGGCUAUGCGAUUAACCUGGCCCGUGAUUUUGGCCCCCGCCUCGUCUCGUACAUUGUCGGCUACCCCCACGAGGUCUGGUCGGCCGGCAACUACUACUUCUGGGUCCCCAUGGUCGCUCCCUUCUUCGGCUGCACCUUUGGUGGUUUCCUGUACGACGUCUUCAUCUUCACCGGCGAGAGCCCGAUCAACACACCCUGGAUGGGCCUCAAGCGCUUCACCCAGCUCAACCGCAAGACGUGGUCCAACACGUACCGCGCUCAGGAGAUUUCCAAGGUGUAG